AUGGCUCGUUACACUUGUCUUUAUUGCUCUGCCUCGUUCUUGUCCAAUGACUUAUUAGCACGUCACCUUGAGGAAUAUCGGUUAUCAGGAAGAACACCAGAUGUCCUUUUGAGGGAUGCACACGGAAGGAACCAUUCGAGAGAGGCCAGCAGCUUCGGGUCCACGCCAGGAUACGUGAAUUUGCCCUUUUUAUCAUAUGUACGAGCCUAUGUUCCUUGUGAGGAGGUUUGUGUAAUUUGUUUCAAAGUUUUCAGAUGGACAAGUGAAUAUAUCCGACACGCAAGAGAACACCCGAACCCGAGCCAGACAAAGAGGCAAUAUACUGAGAAGAUAUGCUCAGAGCUCCGUGGUCAGUCCAACAGAGAGUUGGAGAAGGCGCUGAAAAAGUCCAUGGGAGGGCACAUGGAACCUAUUUUAGGAAAGCGGACGUGGGGAGCUGCAUCCCUAGAAACAGAUUCUGCUAAGGACUGUCGAGAACCUAAUAAUGACGCCAAUGGUUGGUACACAAAUGCUCCUCCAGAUCUCGAAUAUUCAACAACUGUUUGA